AUGAGUGCACUUGAGCUGAUAUUAAGGAUACUGCAGUUUAAACAGGGAGAGCAGAAACAUCAGCUUGAAUCAGACUGCAGAACAAUAUCUGUUUUCAUGAUAAAAGUCCGUGCUACUUUGGAAGAAAGAAAUCUUCUCUUCUGUGUCAAAGUGCUUGAAAAUGUUCCAGGAUAUAGUGUUACAAGCUCAACUUUUUCUUUCAUUAUGCCUCUCUCUCGUCUUAAUUCUGUACUAUGUUCUACACAUAGUAAUGGGCCGAAGGAAUGGAAGGAUGUAUCUGCAAAUUGUGGACAAAAAAAGCAGUCUCCAAUUAAUGUUAUUACACAUGAUGCUAAGUUUGAUUCAAAACUGGAACCCUUCAAAUUCGAAGGAUAUGAUCAGGGAAAGACCUUAACAUUAAAAAACAAUGGCCAUUCAGCUCAACUAGGACUAGAUAGUGCAAUGAAAAUUUCUGGAGGAGGCCUUUCUGGUACAUAUACUGCUACACAGCUCCAUUUUCAUUGGGGCAGCAAAGACAAGCCUGGAUCAGAACACACUCUAAAUGGAAAACAAUAUCCAAUAGAGCUUCAUAUAGUACAUCAGCAAGCAGCACGGUCAGAUCCCAGUGGAGGGAGCACGGCAACUGGAGGUCUUGCAGUUCUUGGAUUUUUCUUUACAGAGGGUAAAGACAAUGAACAUUACAGCAACUUAAUUGGGGGCCUCAGCAAGAUCGUGAACUUAGAUAGUACAACUACUAUUUCUGAUGUAAAGCUCAAAGACUUGAUUCCAGCAGAAGAGGAACUGAAACUUUUUUACAGAUAUGAAGGCUCACUUACUACUCCUUUAUGUAACGAGACUGUCACUUGGACAGUGUUUCCUGCACCAAUUGAGCUUGGAAAAAGUCAGAUUGAGGCUUUCUAUACAAACCUAAAGUACAGUGAUGACAAACUCAUGACAGACAAUUUCAGGCCUAUUCAAAAGCUGAAUGAAAGAACUAUCUAUACUUCUGGCGUUGAUGCGAUCUUACCUUACAGUAGAUAUUUGCUGAUCUCAUUGCUUGUGUUUUAUUUAACAUCAGUAUCCUAA